GGAAGGAGGGGGAGCAGGCACCAACCAGCAGCCGCGGCGAGCUGCCCGGCCGAAGUUUCACUUUUUGUCUGUGGGUUCAGCUCCCGGCCCCCGCGCGAGCGAGCCUGGCCCGGGAUAAGUAGGUUUGGGGAGAGAGCCGGGCGUUGCAAGGACCUGACGAGAUUCCUGACAAAGUGUGUGUUGGGAGAGGCCUGACAGGGACCCAGACAGGAGCGGAGCCUACAUUCUUGGACUUCCGACGCUAGCAGUUCAGUUGGCUGAGCCUUGUGUCCACUGUUUAUUCCAAGAGCCAGCAGCUGCCCGAGAUUUCAACAAUGUCCCACCCAUCUUGGCUGCCACCCAAAAGCACUGGUGAGCCUUUGGGCCACGUGCCUGCACGGAUGGAGGCGACUCAUUCAUUUGGGACACCAAGUAUUUCAGUGUCCACACAACAGCCACCCAAGAAGUUUGCACCAGUAGUUGCUCCAAAGCCCAAGUACAACCCAUACAAGCAACCUGGAAGUGAGGGUGAUUUUCUGCCACCCCCACCUCCACCUCUGGAUGAUCCUGGUGCCCUUCCACCUGGUUCUGGACACUUCCCUCCUCCACCACCCAUGGAAGAAAGUGGUUUUAAAGUGCAGGGAAAUCCUGGAGGCAAGACCUUGGAGGAGAGGCGUUCCAGCCUGGAUGCAGAGAUCGACUCCUUGACCAGUAUCCUAGCCGACCUUGAGUGCAGCUCCCCUUACAAGCCUCGGCCCCCACAGGGCUCCACUAGUUCAACAGCCUCUCCUGCAGUGUCUACCCCUGUCACAGGACACAAGAGAAUGGUCAUUCCAAACCAGCCCCCUCUGACAGCAACCAAGAAGUCUACGAUGAAGCCGCAGCCUGGACCUCAGGCUGCACCCAUCCCAGUGGCUCCAAUUGGAACACUCAAACCUCAGCCUCAGCCAGUGCCUGCCUCCUAUACCACGGCAUCCACACCUUCAAGGCCUACCUUUAAUGUACAAGUGAAGUCAGCCCAGCCCAGUCCUCACUACAUGGCUGGUCCUUCAGCAGGACAAAUGUAUGGUCCAGGGCCCCAAGGCUAUAACACUCAGCCAGUUUCUAUGUCUGGACAGUGUCCACCACCUUCAACCCGUGCUGGCACUGACUAUGCAUAUAUUCCACCACAGGGACUUCAGCCUGAGCCUGGGUAUGGAUAUGCCCCCACACAAGGACGCUAUUAUGAACCUUAUUAUGCAGCAGGCCCUGGGUAUGGAGGCAGAAAUGACUCUGAUGCUGCUUAUGGCCAACAAGUUCACCCGAAUACUUGGAAGCGGGAGCCUGGGUAUGCACCUCCUGUAGCGGGGAGUCAGAACCCUCCAGGGAUGUAUCCAGUAAGUGGUCCCAAGAAGACCUAUAUCACGGAUCCUGCCCCCUGUGCACCAGCCCUGCAGCCAAAGGGUGGACACAGUGGGCCUAUGGGGCCUCCAUCGAUUCCUCCAUCGUUCCGCCCAGAAGAUGAGCUUGAGCACCUGACCAAAAAGAUGCUGUAUGACAUGGAAAAUCCGCCUUCUGAUGAGUACUUUGGCCGCUGUGCUCGCUGUGGAGAAAAUGUAGUUGGGGAAGGGACAGGGUGUACCGCCAUGGAUCAGGUGUUCCACGUGGACUGUUUUACCUGCAUCAUCUGUAACAACAAGCUUCGAGGACAGCCUUUCUAUGCCGUGGAGAAGAAAGCAUACUGCGAGCCCUGCUACAUUAAUACCCUGGAGCAGUGCAACGUGUGUUCCAAGCCCAUCAUGGAACGGAUCCUCCGUGCCACUGGGAAGGCAUAUCACCCUCACUGCUUCACCUGUGUGAUGUGCCACCGCAGCCUGGAUGGCAUCCCAUUCACCGUGGAUGCGGGUGGGCUCAUUCACUGCAUCGAGGACUUUCACAAGAAAUUUGCCCCACGCUGUUCUGUGUGCAAGGAGCCCAUCAUGCCAGCCCCGGGCCAGGAAGAGACUGUCCGCAUUGUGGCUCUGGAUCGUGACUUCCACGUACACUGCUACCGCUGUGAGGAUUGUGGCGGUCUUCUGUCCGAGGGAGACAGCCAAGGCUGCUACCCCUUGGAUGGACACAUCCUCUGCAAGACCUGCAACUCGGCCCGCAUCAGGGUGUUGACCGCCAAGGCAAGCACUGACCUGUAGAUUGAGUAGCCUACUGAGUGCAUGGCUCUGAGAAAAGAAGAAUGAAACACAAGAAAAAUACGAAAAGAAAUAGAAAAAUAGAGGCCAAGCAAUUCAAGCUAUGGGACAGUCUCUGUUCUUCCUCUGCUGUUAACUUUUCUUUAGAAGCACAUAGAUGAUGAGUUUUUUUUUUUUUUUUCAGUUCUUACCAAAUACACAUUUCACAUUUAAUCAUGUAGGGCCUCGAUGGACCUUUGUUCCAAGGACUUCCACAUUUUUUCACGGAUCAUGCUCUAUCCCAUUCACUUCUGCAUUCCUGUAACUUAAUCCCUAUGUUUGCCUCACUUUUCAUCUGGUUGAAUAGCUUUCUAAGUGUGGUAUUUGCUGUCACAUGGUUUUUCCUGGAUGAAUGUGCCAGCCCGCAGGUGCUUUUAGCUUGAAGUCUCAUCCCAUCAUUUCUCUGCUGCCCAUGGCUACAGAACCAGCCAUCCUGUUAGUAGGCACCAAGGACUUGAUUGUGUGUUCCAUAUACCACUCAUUUCUCACAGAGGAAAAAAAAAAUGCACACUUUCUAUUCUAUGCUAGAAAGAUUUUAAGUUGUAAGAUACAUAAAUAAAAAUAAGCACAAAUUUGACUUGGCAUCCAAAUUCAAAAUCUGUACUGACUAGGGGUCAUUUGGAAAUAGUAAUUGGCCCACAGAUAAUAAAUGGUGAAAAAGAACUAAACUUUGAUCCCUUGCUAAAGAAAUUUAAAGAUGAGAUAUUCUAGCAAAAGCACUUGCUGGGUCUGUUUGAAAACCCCAUUAUAAUUUCAUAAUACUACCUUAAGAUUUUCCUUUCCACACUAUCUGGAUGUAAUCAAGAUAGAUUUGUUUUUGCAAUAUUUCCAGCAUUGCUCCAUUCUCCAAAUUAGGAGUAUUAUAAAUUACCACAUAAACUCCAAAUACAGCUACCAAAGUUAAUAUUUUCUAUUGAGAAAUAUAAGUAUUAAAAUGGUUCAAAUUCAUUUUUCUCUCCCCUCUUUCCUUCCCUCACUCCCUCCCUCUCCUUCCUUCCUUCCUCCCUUUAUUUCUUGACCCAAGUCUAAUUUUUUUUUGCCUGAUAAUUGCAAAUGAGGACAUGUAAAAUGAAGUUAUGUAACUUUGUUUCAUUUACUUUAAAAGGAAAAAAAACUGGAAGAUUGUGAAACCACAGUUUUAUUAUUCUCAUAAUCCUUCUGCAAUUCAAAUUACAUAUUACAGGAGACAUUUUCAUAUCAUCAGUGUGACAUUUACACCACACUUUCAAAGACAAUCACUGAAAAACAUUUGUCUUUCUGAGCUAAAAAUAUGCAGAAACUCUGCCUAGAAUCUUUAUUCAAACUUAUUAGCCAGUGAAACACUUGCUUGCCGACUGCAGAGCCAUAUUUACGAAGGUCUAGCAUGCUUCUUUUAAGGAGGGACACCUAGAUUAGCAAUGGCAAGUUACCUUGGGAUAAGACUUCUUAAGCUUUCCUUCAAAUCUCCCACAAAUGUAUACUUUUAAAUUAUGGAAUACUUUAAAUAUACAAAUGGUAUAAAUAAUAAUAAUAAUAAUAAUAUAAUGAAUCCUUGUAUACCUAACACCCGAUUCAAGAAAUAUAGUUACAUUUUCCUAUAUGCCUUUCUUUAAACCCCUAAUUCCCAAAAUACCUUUUUUUGUUUGUUUGCUUUUGUCUUUUUGUGAUGAAGGGGAUUGAAGUUAGGACCUCAAGCGUGCUAGCCAAGAUCUCUGCCACUCAACUCUAUCCCCAGCCCCCAACCCCACUUUUUUAUCUUUAUGAAGUGAUAUUUUUUUUUUUUAGUCUGAUAGUUUUAAUUUUAACAUCUAGAGCAGAAAUAAAAGUGUCUGCAUGUUUUAAAUUGAAACCCAUGCCUCAGGAAUUCCAGUUAAAUUUAUUUUACUUGAAUAGUAGUCCUCAUAAAAUGAUCAACACAGUGACUUAACCCCAUGUCCGCCUCCACUCAUCCAAGUCACCUCUGUCACCUAGCAGUUCUGUGUUAGAACCACCGAAGUUAAUAGAUUUUAACAGCUUCCUCUCUGCACUGUCCUGUUCUUAUCUUACUUCCCUCAUCUGGAUCUUACAUUUCUCAUAAUGUGAACUUUAACGAGAUUCACUUAAGGGAUGUAUUGAGUUGUGGUAAUUAUGUCUCUGCGGUCCUGGACCCAGGGCUAGACUCUGCUGAUGAUCUCAGAGAGCACUGACGGCUGGACCAUUGGGGUGGGAAUAUAACUGUGAGUUGAUUCACUCAUGUGUUUACUAUGAAACACUUCAGGAAAUUGUCUUGAGGCCAAAAACAGAGUCGGUUUAAUGACGGAUAGGUUUUGAAUCUCUGGAAAUGAAGUCAGAGUACUAUAAAUUUUGUCAACAGAGGAAGAAUUUAUGAAAUAUUUAUACUAUAAACAUGCAAUAACAUCCUAUUUGUCACAUUGAACUGCUUAAGUAACCUAAUGUUUACAUGUCAAAAGUUUUAAGCCAAGGCUGCCCAGCCCCACCCCAGUGUCUCCGCUUGUUACCAUCUUCACGGUGCCUUCUUAUCACAUAACCUCAGAGUAUCUACCAAAGACUUUUAAAGUAAAUCUCUUCUUAAUACAGACUCAUACUUUUUAAUAAGGAAUGUGCACACAACACAUACAUAGAAAUAUUUAGAUUUAGAUUUUUUUCACAAGGUUUAAUAAGUAAAGGAUCCUACCAUACUUCAAUCUAGGAUUUCUUAAAUAUAUUAUAUCACUUUCUUCUUUUCUUCUUUUAGUCAUUUGAUUUAAACA